AUGGCUACUCUGUACGAAGAACAACCCAAAAAAGAACCCGGCCAGUCCUCCUACUCGGACCAAACCAGUCACCCUCACGCCACAGCCACAGGUCAAUCUCAUCCUCAGCCACAGCCAACAACAAAUUAUCCUAAUACAAUGGGGUACUCACCCGUCAUGGGGUACCCUUAUCCACAAGCACCACAAGGCUAUGCAUCAUCUCAUAUUGGAUACCCUCCUAAUGGAUACAGCUCCUACGCUUAUUCUCAAACACCAACACAAUCCAAUGUCAGACGCAAUUCGACCUUUGUUCAUCUUGUCCUUUUGAUAAUGGCCAUAGCUGCUCUAUUCGCAGUAGUGUCAACCGUUGCGAUAUGGAUCAUUCUACGCCCAGAAGCCCCAGCUUUCAGAGUUGACGCAUUAUCUGUUUCCAAUUUCAACACCACCAAUUUUGAUCAAACAGCCAAUUGGGAGGCUAAUGUUACGGUUGAGAACCCAAAUCAGAAACUCAAAGUUUACUUUAACGAAAUUAAGAGUUACGUGGAUUACAAAGAUCAGUAUUUAACGCAAUCUUUUGUGAGCCCUUUGUCCGUAGAAGUAAAGGAACAUGUUGUAAUGAAUGUGAAGCUAUCUGUGGACAAUGUUUUUGAACCUGUGGUGGAUCAGAAGCUGGUGGAUGAUAUGGCCCUUGACCGAAGCCGCGGGUCGUUGAUUUUUAGGAUAAGGUUGAUGGUGUCGACCACGUUUCGACGUGGAUCAUGGUGGAAAAAAAGCCGUACCUUGAAAAUUCGCUGUGAUAAUUUGAAGGUUGAGUUUGCGGGUGGCGCAGGUGUUGGAACAUUACCUGUCGGAAAGUCUUGGCCGUGUUUAUUAUUUGUGUGA